AUGGAGCACGUGACGGAGGGGUCCUGGGAGUCGCUGCCGGUGCCUCUGCACCCGCGGGUGCUGGGUGCGUUGCGGGAGCUGGGCUUCCCUUGCAUGACGCCGGUGCAGUCUGCGACCAUCCCUCUGUUCAUGAAAAACAAAGACGUCGCCGCAGAAGCAGUCACAGGUAGUGGCAAGACCCUCGCCUUUGUCAUUCCUAUCCUGGAAAUUCUCCUGAGAAGGGAAGAGAAGUUAAAGAAAAGCCAGGUUGGUGCCAUCAUCAUCACACCCACGCGGGAGCUGGCAAUUCAGAUCAAUGAGGUCCUGGCGCACUUCACGAAGCCCUUCCCACAGUUUAGCCAGAUCCUCUGGAUUGGAGGCAGGAACCCCGGAGAAGAUGUGCAGCGGUUCAAGGCCCAAGGCGGGAACAUCAUUGUGGCCACGCCAGGCCGCCUGGAGGACAUGUUCCGGAGAAGGGCCGAGGGCUUGGAUUUGGCCAGCUGUGUGAAAUCCCUCGACGUCCUGGUGCUGGAUGAGGCGGACCGACUUCUGGACAUGGGGUUUGAGGCCAGUAUAAACACCAUCCUGGAGCUCCUGCCGAAGCAGAGGAGGACGGGCCUCUUCUCGGCCACACAGACGCAAGAGGUGGAAAGCCUGGUGCGCGCAGGCCUGAGGAACCCCGUCCGCAUCUCCGUGAAGGAGAAGGGGGUGGCAGCCAGCAGCACCCAGAAAACCCCCUCCCGCCUGGACAACUACUACAUGGUGUGUAAGGCAGACGAGAAAUUUAACCAGCUGGUGCAUUUUCUUCGGAAUCAUAAGCAAGAAAAACACCUGGUCUUCUUCAGCACCUGCGCCUGCGUGGAGUACUACGGGAGGGCGCUGGAGGCCCUGGUGAGGAACGUGGGGAUCCUGUGCAUUCAUGGGAAGAUGAAGUACAAGCGCAACAAGAUCUUCAUGCAGUUCCGUUCGCUGCCAAGUGGGAUUUUGGUGUGCACCGACGUGAUGGCCCGGGGAAUCGACAUCCCCGAGGUCCACUGGGUUUUGCAGUACGACCCUCCCAGCAGUGCCAGCGCCUUCGUGCACCGCUGUGGCCGCACGGCCCGCAUUGGCCAUGGCGGCAGCGCCCUCGUCUUCCUGCUCCCCAUGGAAGAGUCCUACGUCAGCUUCCUGGCCAUUAACCAGAAGUGCCCCCUGCAGGAAAUGAGGCUUCAAGGCCACACGGUGGACGUCCUCCCCAAGCUGCAGGCGCUGGCCCUGGCUGACCGAGCCGUGUUUGAGAAGGGGAUGAAAGCCUUCGUGUCCCAUGUCCAGGCGUACGUGAAGCAUGAGUGUAACCUCAUCUUCAGGCUGAAAGAUCUUGAUUUUGCUCGUCUGGCGCGAGGCUUUGCCCUGCUGAAGAUGCCCAAGAUGCCAGAGCUGAGGGGGAAGCAGUUCCCCGAGUUCGUGCCCGUGGACAUUGACACAGACACCAUCCCCUUUAAAGACAAAAGCCGAGAAAAGCAGAGGCAGAAGCUGCUGGAGCAGAAGAGCAGAGAGCGAGUGGAGAACGGAGGGAGGAGAAAGUUCGUGAAGAACAAGGCUUGGUCCAAGCAGAAGGCCAAGAAGGAGAAGAAGAAGAAAACGAGCGAGAAAAGGCAAAGGCAGGAGGUACACGGCCUUUCAUUCUGGUCACUGGAAGGAUUACUGAUGGGAGAGAAUCUUUUGUAG